CGCGCGCCCCUCGCCGCCGGCUCCCACCCGGGCGGCCCUGGGACGCCGCUGCCCGCUCGGCGGCCAGGAUGCAGCCGGGGUAUGGCCGCCGGAGUCCCGUCCCCUGCCACGGGGAGCGCUGAGCCAGUUGAAAGUCUACCCAUAAGAACCUAGCGCUCCUCUGUGACACCUGCUCUCCCUGGGCCACUCACGAGGCGACAGUCUACCCUGGGGAAGCUCCAGGCAGAUCGUCCUUGGAUCCCCAGCAACAGGAAGGCAGCCAGCUCCUCCCACGGCAGCAUAAAGCCAGGACUGCCGAGGGAAAUUCCACCAUCCUUCCCCAGAGCUGGCCUGCAGGCCCCUUCAGCAGGUGGGAACCUGUCCCAGGAGGGACCCCUUCAUCACUCAGAGAGCCCAGAGUGCCUCGGGGAAAAUUGGCGGAAUAAAAGAGUAAUCAGGACGCCACGGCUCCGCCUGAAGCGAUGGCCCAGCCCUACCCCCCUGCCCAGUACCCCCCUCCACCCCAGAACGGCAUCCCAGCUGAGUACGCUCCUCCCCCACCGCACCCCACACAGGACUACUCUGGCCAGACCCCCGUUCCCCCAGAGCACGGCUUGACCCUGUACACACCAGCGCAGACCCACCCCGAGCAGCCGGGCCCCGAGGCCAGUACGCAACCCAUCGCCGGGACCCAAACAGUGCCGCAGACAGAUGAGGCAGCACAGACGGACAGCCAGCCGCUCCACUCCUCAGACCCCACGGAGAAGCAACAACCCAAACGGCUACAUGUCUCCAACAUCCCCUUCAGGUUCAGGGACCCUGACCUACGGCAAAUGUUCGGGCAAUUCGGGAAAAUUUUAGACGUGGAGAUCAUUUUUAACGAGCGGGGCUCCAAGGGUUUUGGGUUUGUCACUUUUGAAACUAGCUCAGAUGCUGACCGAGCCCGGGAGAAGCUGAAUGGGACGAUCGUAGAGGGACGGAAAAUUGAGGUCAAUAAUGCCACAGCCCGGGUCAUGACCAACAAGAAGCCUGGGAACCCAUACACCAAUGGCUGGAAGCUAAACCCAGUGGUAGGCGCAGUCUAUGGGCCUGAAUUCUAUGCAGUGACUGGCUUCCCCUACCCCACCACGGGCACAGCUGUUGCCUACCGGGGCGCACACCUGCGGGGCCGGGGCCGGGCCGUGUAUAAUACCUUCCGAGCUGCGCCACCUCCACCCCCCAUCCCGACUUACGGAGCGGCACUGGAGCAAACGCUUGUUAAAAUGCCAGUCCCGUGGGCGGGGCUGGCACCGUGCCCCCUCGCUCCUCAGCAGACACCGGAGCCGGCCUACCCCACCUCUCCAGCGUUCCCACCACUCUCUUGUCCGUUUGCUUCCAGGGUCGUGUAUCAGGAUGGAUUUUAUGGUGCUGAGAUUUAUGGAGGCUAUGCAGCCUACAGAUAUGCUCAGCCCGCAGCCGCCGCCGCCGCCUACAGCGACAGCUAUGGCAGAGUCUACGCAGCUGCUGAUCCCUACCAUCACACCAUCGGCCCCGCAGCAACCUACAGCAUCGGAACCAUGGCUAGCCUCUGCCGAGGAGGGUACAGCCGCUUCACCCCCUACUAGCAAGAGACCCCUCACAGCAUUCACACUACUGCCUAUCCCCAACCCAACCCUACAGUCCCAACACCAGGCACAGGCACCAGGAGGACUGUGAGCCCCUCCCAGUCAGCGACUCGCACUGCUGACCCUCGGCGACUCUAAAGCCCAUAGAUUUUUACCUACAGCCAGCUGGUCUUCCCCACCCUGCCCAUGCCGGUGUGUGUGUCUCUGACCCCGGUUUUCCUGUAUGUCUGAACCUUGCUUUCCUAUCUUGACGUUGUUGACGUUGUACUGCCCAAGCCACUCCAGGUACAGUAUGCACAAUGGGGGCCAGGCCAGCAGCGGGGGGGGGACGGCCACAAGGGCCAAUGCCCCCCGACACGGGGCAGCACGGGCCCACAGAGCCUCCCCCCCAGAGCCAACUCAGUCAGCACCCCCAUGCAGAACGCAGGCAUUCCUAGUGUUCGGUGACUGGUACAAGACCUUGAGGGGCUCCCGCCCCUGACAACAGGUUCCCCCAGCCUGGGGGGCUCCCGUCACCCAACCUUCACUGGGAAUGGCAGGAUGCCCCACUCAGUUGAAGCUAAUAUUAAAUUUCUGUUAAAAUUGUAUUGAUGAUGUUUCCUGCCCCAGUAACCACAAGCCCAGGACAGCGCAGACUAGCCUUCACACUGGGCUCUGGAAUUCUUUAGUGCUAUUGGAGGAAACACAAAUGUGGAAAUGAAUGCCCCUGCCCUUAGGCCCUUAGGUCGCCCUGCCUGACCUCACACACACAGGAGGGGCACUGGCUGGCCACAGGUGUGGGUCCUUAGCCCCCCCUUCCCUAGGACUCCCCACCCCAGAUCCUGUUAUCAGGAUCCAUUCCAAAAGGAGGCCUCCUCAGUGCUCCCCUUCCUUGGGCCCUCCUGCGUCCACUCCAGCCUCAGUUAAACUACAUGUGUGUGUGUGUGUGUGGCUCUGUGGCCUAGGAGGACCCAGCCAAACACACUGCCUAGAGCCCCAGCAGGGGUGUGGGCUGGGGCCUGAGAUAAGGCUGGGAGCCCCCCAAGAACUGGACAGGGCAGGCCAAAACAUCCGGGUACUGGCCCUAAGGCACUUGUGUGCACCAGGAGGGAACAGCCCCUUAGCUCCUGGCCUAUUCACACCACCCACUCGGGCACCCGACCCUCUGCUCCAUCCUGUAGUGCAGCCAGACCCAUUCUCCCUUCUACCCACCAAGCCUGCGGGCAAGCAGCUUCCAUGACUGUGGGCAUUCCCCUCUCCCCACCCACACUCCAGCCAGCCAGGUCCAGACUACCCACCCCCUCCCCAAGAUGGGCCCACUCUAAAGUCUAGCUUGUUGUGGGGCCCUGGAAGCUUGAGAAGCAGGUUUGGGGGUCCUGGAACUUCAGAAUGGACCCGUGACCGCGGGCAGUGAGGUCCCCAAGGGCAGAAGCUGCUCCUGAGAAACUGC